AUGUCCAAGCCCCUAGUGGACUCGGAAGAUGAGGAAGACGUGGGUAUUCAGCCAUUGUUGGGUGGAGUACCGGAAGUCGUCCUUCCCAGGCUCUCCAAUUCACCUAGAUCACCCCGGGUUCCAACCAAAAAGCCCUUUGUCCCUGCUACAGUGAUUGCUGGCAGUCACCUGGCGGUCAUUGAGCCCUCCCAGCCAACUCCCGAAAGCCCGGUGGAGGCACCCCCAGUCAUUGAUGGAAGUGAUAUUCUCAUUCCCAGACCAUUGAAACAACCCAUGCUAGGUUUGCACCAAGCUCAAGUGGCCCUGUGCAACUUGGUUAGACAAGAGGACCAGGAAUCUGUUACCCUGCCAAAACACAUUCAUGGGUCCUCUACCACCCAGAACACAAGGUCCAGGACACCCUCCAAGGCUCCCUCCAAAGCUCCCCUGGCUCCCAAUCCAAGGCCUGGACCCACAACCCAGAUGCAUGGUUGCAGCAAGACCAUCACUGCCAUCAAGGCACCUGCACCUGCACCAGCUCAGAAGUCACCCAAGUUUUCACUUCUGUCAUCAAGUUCGGCAGUCCCUGCUGCAGCACCCAGUCUGGCAGUCCCUGCUGCAGCACUCAACCUGCCCAUGCCGGAUCUCCAUGCCAUGGCAAUUGCGAUUUGGGAUGGCACAGCUUGCAUUGCCAUUCUCGGGGCUCAUGUGGCAGAGCAGGAUGAGAUGAUGACCACACCCCCAAAAUUUGAGGAUGCCUCUGCCAUUGAGGGCCUCCUGUUUGAGUGCAACUGGAUUGUUCAACCAGAGGUUCCAGAUAUGUCCAGCAAAAAUGUGAACCCAGGUGAUCCAGGCAACCUGGUCCCAGAAUAUGAUUCUUCCAAUGACAUGGAUGUUGAGGUGAAGGUUGAAGUGUCUUCUGAGGAGGUUGACAUGGCUACAUAA